AUCAAAACCAACAUUAUGAUCUUUCGAACAAACUACAUUGUUAUCUUCAUUGUUUCUAUCUUCAUCAGCAUGCUCUGGCAACCCGUCCACCUUUCUGUCUUCUUUAUCUUGAUAGUCGCAUGGAUAUAUGUCUACUCCCGGGAUAAUGAACCAUGGGUGAUAUUUGGCAAUGUGAUCGAUGAUUCUAAUUUGGUGCUGGUUUUGUUGGUCCUCACGAUCGGUAUAUUUCUAUUAACAGAUGUAUCUCGUGGUAUUAUGAUCGGGGUUUUGGCUGGUUUGCCCGUUGUUCUGGUUCAUGGCAUGUGUAGGAAUACAGAGAUGUUGUUCGUCUUGGAAGAUGAUGAAGAGAAGCUAACGAUGAACACAGCAUCUUCGUCGCUUUCUUCUUCCUCUUAA